AUGAAAUUCUUCUCCCUCUUUGUCCCAGCUAUUGUCGCUGCCUUCGUUGCCGCUGACACCCUCCAGUACGACCCCAUCUACGACCAAGGAAGCGAGUCAUUGGAUGUCGUUGCCUGCUCCGAUGGUGCCAAUGGUCUUCUGACCAAAGGAUUUACCACAUUCAACUCACUCCCCACUUUCCCCAACAUUGGCGCUUUUGGUGCCGUGACUGGAUGGAAUUCCCCCGAAUGUGGCACAUGCUGGCAAAUCGUCUACACCAAUUCGAACGGGGCUCAAACUACAUUAAAUGCUAUUGCUGUUGAUCAUGCCGGUGCUGGCUUGAUUAACCUUUCUGAGGAGGCCAUGAAUACUUUAACGAAUGGAAAUGCGGUUCAGUUCGGUGCUGUACCGGUGACUGCCACACAAGUGGCUAGUUCUGUGUGUGGUUUGUGA